GAUGGGGAGUUUGGGUCUGGAGUGUGGGUGGUGAUGGUCAGCUUUACUGCACAACGAUUGUGAAAAAAAAAAGUUUUUUUGAUUCUUCGGUUCAUACUUCAGACUCGUAUUUUCGUCUACUCCCCUCGUAUAUUUAUUUUUCAUCUUCAUUACCUCUUCUCUUCUCUUCCCCUCUUUUCUCUCUCUUUACAGACUCCAGACCCCAAAACAUGGGGCUGUCAUGGAGCGCUAGAAGAAGGUACAACUAUCAACCUCCUUCACAACUCAUCUCUUCUUCUUCUUCUACUUCUGUUGCUGCUGCUGCUUCAGAACCUAAUACUUCUUCAAACCCUCCUAUACUUUCUCCUCCUCCUCCUCCUACUCCUCCACCACCACCGCCGCCGCCACCACCUAACUAUGUUUUCGCUGCGAACGCCCCUUAUCCUGCACACUCAUAUCCACCCCAGAAUCCUUAUCAUACACUCCCACCACCACCACCACCACCACCUCCUCAUUUGUCAUUCUAUCAUUAUUGUGGAUAUAACCCCGGCGGAUACAGUGGGCCGUCUAAUUAUACCCCUUAUUACGAUAACCAUGUUAAUGGGUGGCAUGGAAUUCGGCCCCCCGGAGCUCCAAUGCCGCCCCCGCCUCCUCCUCCUUAUGUUGACCAUCAGAGUGCCAAAAAGAUUAGGAACGAUGUAAAUGUACACAAGGAUACGAUAAAAGUUGAGGUCGAUCAGAUGAACCCAGAUUGCCAUUUGGUUUCUUUUACUUUUGACUCUUUGGUCGACGGAAGUAUCACCAUAUUUUACUUUGCCAAGGAAGGGGCAAACUGCAGUUUUAGUGCAUUAUAUCCUGAGGCUCAUAUGCAUGUAAGAGUGCCGUUUCAGAAGGGACUGGGACAGAAAUUCCGUCAACCUCCAGGAACUGGCAUAGACCUUGGCUUUUUUGAGUUAGAUGAUCUUGCAAAACCAUCACCAAAUGAAGACACAUUCCCACUUGUUAUCUCUGCUGAAGCAUGCUUGCCACAUCAGGAUACAGAUGAACAUCUUACUCAACCUUUGCCAUUGAUAACAUCACCUCAUGCACAGAUUACUCAAGCUGUCCUAGAGAAAAACAAUAGGGGCUGUUUCCAAGUGAGAGUGAUUAGGCAGAUAUUGUGGGUUGAUGGGGUUCGCUAUGAGUUGCGUGAGCUUUAUGGAAUUGGCAACUCAGCACAAGCGGGCUUUGAUGACAAUGAUCCAGGAAAAGAGUGCGUUAUUUGCAUGACUGAGCCAAAGGAUACAGCCAUUUUACCUUGUCGACAUAUGUGUAUGUGCAGUGAAUGUGCAAAAGCAUUGAGGCUCCAAUCCAACAAGUGUCCAAUAUGUCGCCAGCCUAUUGAGGAACUCAUAGAGAUCAAGGUUAAUAAAGACGAACAGUGACAGGCUCUUCUCAUUAAAAAUUUCUGCUUGUAUGGUAUUCCUGUUUAUUAUUUAUUUUUUUUGACUGUUUUUUUUGUCUUGUUCCUAAGCAAUCAUCUUCCAGUUUUUUUGGGAGGUGGGGGGUCUCUCCCACUGUAAGAAUAACUACAUCUCAUUUUUGAAUUUCUUCUGAACUGUAACUCUGUAUAUAUUCCAAAGUGAGGGAAUUUCCUACCAAGUAUGACUAUUUCCUUGUCUUGAAAAUAGAUAGUUGCUUCUCUAGCUUGUUUA